GUGUAUUCAAACGUCACUUUUCAGAAGUUGCCACGCAUACACAGCGGCAUGAUGUGGAGGUUAGUGAGCUGCACACUGUGCCUCUUUGUCUCUUCACAGCUCAGUUUAUGGUGUGUUUGGGCGACAGCAGCCGAGCUGGACGGCGAGGUCAAGAUUGAAGUUUUGUUCAAGCCCGAGGAGUGCACUCCAAAGAGUAAAAGAGGAGAUCUGAUGAACGCACAUUACGAUGGGUUCCUCGCCAAAGAUGGUUCUCAGUUCUACUGCAGUCGGUCAGACAAAGCUGGGCACCCUCAGUGGUUUGUGCUGGGCGUCGGACAAGUCAUUAAGGGCCUUGAUAUAGGAAUGGAAGAUAUGUGUCCUGGAGAGAAACGAAAAAUAACUGUUCCACCUGCCCUGGCCUUUGGAGAGAAAGGCAAAGAUCCAGUGCCGCCCAAUGCUACUGUGGUCUUUGAGGUGGAGGUCUACUCUGUGUCAAGGGGACCACGCAGCAUGGAGGCUUUCAAAGACAUGGACCUUGAUAAAGACAGAAGUCUCACAAAGGCUGAGGUAAAAGAAUACCUGAAACUGGAGUAUGAAAAAGGUGGGAAGCCACGCGACGAUCCUUUCUAUGAGAAGAUUAUGGAUGAUAUAUUCCGCAAGAAUGACCGUGACAAAGACGGACAGAUCAGUGCUAAGGAGUAUAAUAUUUAUGAACAUGAUGAGCUGUAAUGUUGGAAGUUGUAGAGCUUGGUCUUUGUUUUAGUUUAUGUACCUUUAUCAGUUACAGAGAAGACUUGAAUAAGUAAAGGAAAAAUCCACCCUCGCAUACUUUUACACUGUUGACUUUCUUUUUGCUAUGAAAAUAUUGUAGCAGUGAAUAUUACAAUGAGACACCACGUCUUCCAUGUUUGACCAGUUAUCCUCAAGAAUGAUAUGAACAUCAAACAUCUAAAUAGGAUCUGCAGUGCAGGGGAAAGUGUUGAAUAGUUUGGGGUGGAUUUUUCCUUAAAAAGCAGACUGUAAGAAACUGUGUUGAUGUAUUUGGAGCACCCAAGACAUCUUUCCAAGCCAGCAAGCUAGCCUCUCAAUUUAAUACCAAGUAUUAAACUAUGCAAGAACAUCAAGACCUGUGAAACCCUUUGUGCAAAUACCACUAAAUUUUAGCAUCUGAAAUGUUAUAUUCCUGUUUUCAAGUUUUGUCUUUUGUUAAAUGUUGAUUCAAUUUGCAGCUCAACAAAAAAAUCAGACCAUUUCAUACUGUUGAAUCAUUGGCUUUGAAACUGUCAUGUGAGAUCUGAGAGGAUGGUUUAACCACACAGAAGAGAAUGGAUCUUAAAUUUGUCCCCACUUCCUGUGAAUUUCCUGCCCUCUAAUCUGCAGCAUCACAACAGUGUACAGAUCUAUAGAUAGAAGUGAAUCCAUUGAGAAGGGCUGGGUAUCCGCACUGGACACCUUUAAAGGGAUAGUUUGGAUUUUUCAAGUGGGGUUAAAUAAAGUGCUUAUCCUUAGUGUAUUACCUGUAGUAGAUGUCAGUCGGCACACCUCCAGUUUGGAGUAGCAGGCUGGAGUCCGACAUGGAAGCUAAGCAAUGAACUGCUGUGGAUUGGGGUCAGCAACAAAACGUGCCACCUGAAAUAAGUCCUACAUCAGUUUUAGUGUACGCUAUAUUGAAAGUAUUUUCACACCUUUACAUUUCUUUCAGACAGCCUCUGACAGGGACACUUUAAAUGUCUUCAGUUCCCCAUCUAUGUUCUUGUCAAGCGCUGCUGACCUAUUGCUACUCUGAUCAGUCAGUUUGUGUCAUUGUGUUUGGUAAAUCCGAACUAACCCUUUAAAACACCAAAGUCACACAAUAACACAAACUAAUCAACUGAUCAAGGCAGCGGUAGAACAGCAGCUCCUGUGUGAGUCUGGCUUUAAAGAGUGCAGUGUGACAGCUUCAUUGUAAAUUCAGGUACAGCAAUGAAAAUACUCUCAAUAUAGCACAUUAAACUAAUACUGAUUGUUUUUAGGUGAGACUUUUUUAGUUGACUAAAAUACACUUUGUUGCUGACCCCUCUACAACAGAAAGAUGCUUAGCCUCCAUGUCGGACUCCAGCCAAACUGGGGAUGUGCCGACUGACAUCUACAGCCAGUAAUAUACUGACUAUGAAUAAGUACCCUGUACAACCCCACUUUAAAAAAUCUGAACUAUCUCUUUAAGGCAUUAACCAAAAUAACCCAGUACCAGUUAUUAUUACUGAAAGUUCUCCAGUGAAUUUCAUACCUGCAUUGGUUCCAAUUUGUACCCAGAUCUAGAAAAAAAAGACCAUUUGCUCGCAGUAUAUUAAUGCAAAGGUUCUUGGAUUCAGUACUACAUGUGAUUAGCCCACUAUGGUAGCAGCUACAACCUAUACAGUCUGUGGUGUGCAUGGUGAGCAUGGUGUAAGUUAAAAGUUCAGUAUGCUGAAAGGCCACCAAAACAUUUAAAAGUUCGGCUACACACCUGUGGUGGGUUUACUGAAUGCUUCCAUUCACAUACUGGGUAAUUAUAAAGUAGAAAACAAAAGGUAUCAAAUGAAAAACUCUGUUGGUAUCACUUUAAAGGUAUUGGUAUUGGUAUUUGUACUGGUAUCAUAAUUUUUCAAAAGAAACCCAGCCCUGCCAGAUGGUGUGUCUAUUAUAAACAAGCCUCAAAGGAAUGACAGCAAAUGUGGCUGUGACUGAGAGGUUUGGAUAUAAUUGACGAUAAAUGCACAUGAAUGCAUGUUGUGGUUUGUUAGACAUGUUUAAAAGUUUUGUGUACAUCUUAAUGUCAAAAUCAUUAUUUUCAUUGUAUCCAGUCAAACAGUUUUUGUAGCCCAUUUAGUAUCACAAUAAAUAAACCACAGUGUAUGUGGAAAACAUCA